AUGUGCAUGUGAUUGUGCCCUGCGAUGUGUUGGCACCCCGUCCAGGGUGUCCACUACCUUGUGCCCCACCUUCCCUGGGAUAGGCUCCAGGCUCCUCAUGACCCUGUGUAGAAGUGGUACAGAAAAUGGAUGGAUAAAUGGAUAUUGGACAGCAGAAAACACAUCAUAUAACAUUAGGCUAUUAUUUUAAUUUCUUAAUAUGCAUAUUUUAUCUUUUUUUUUAUCCAAUACUGUGAUUUAAUUUACAAUGUAGGGUAUUAUUAUUAUUAUUAUUAUUAUUAUUAUUAUUAUUAUUAUUGUGUUGUUGUUGUUUUUGUUACAAAAGUAUUUAUUCAUUUAAUAUUUACUUGUAUUUGUUUUAUUUAGCCUGUUUAUUUAUUAUUUACAUUAAACUGCAGUAUUCUUAUGAAAAGUGUUGUAUUGGCCUGAACGUGACGAAUAAAAGAUUUGUCAGAAGCAUUCAGAAAUGUUUUUUUCUCUUCAUUUAUAUGCAUUUAAUGAACGACUUCUCACUUAAAACACAGGCAUGAUCUAUUUCAACGUGCAAAACAACUGCAUACUAAUAUAUCUAGUAGCCUAGUAAAUCAAACUAGUAUGUCACAUACAGUUUAGUACAGCAAUAUGCAGGUUAUAAUUGGAAUUGAUGAUUUCUUAUUAAUUUGCCGACGUCAAAUAGCCAUACACUCAGCCCGCCAAUCAGAGAGCCCCAUUUUGUCGAGGCCUCUUCUGUUGGUCCUUCUGUAAUUUGCCCCGCCUCUAGCUCAGUCAGAUCUUGCAUGCAGUUGUCAUAGUAAUGGCAGUGGAUCGCGAGUCGCUUGCGGUGCUGUUGCCAUGGAGACGGAGGUGGGAGCCGCUCGUGCCGCAGUAAGCGCUGAGGAGCAGCUGUGUGUAGGUCAGACUUUCUGCUCCACGCGAUAUUAUCUGCUUGUAGUCAUUGGGGACAUUUCAGCGGAUCAUCAGCUGAACAAAGUGAAAGAACAAAUAAAACAGGGGCUGCGCUCAUGGGAGAUCGAUCUGACAGUCUGUGAUUUGGACAAUGAGCUGCGGCUCUUCAAAUCCAAGCAUUCAGCUCAGUUCUCUUCAGAGGUGAAAGGUGCAACCUGGUAAGCGCUUUGAGUUGUAAAAUCUGCAUGGAUGUUGCUUCAUAAAUAAAGCUAUUAAAUUGUUACGUUUUUGUAACCUCUUGGUAGAGUUUCUUUAUGUAUGUCAAUGUUUCCAUUAAAAUAAUUGAAUAAUAAUAUCCUCACAAUAGACUAUGUAGUAUAUUAUCUAUGGCUGUGUUCUAAAUUACAUACUGACCUCUAAAAAUAGGUGACAGUCUACUGUCUAUAGAUUACCGUAUGCUGUUUAUUUUGCUAUACUAUUUAGUAUGGUGUAAGGUUUGGGACUUUCAUUGUAUAGCUAUUGUACUCUUUGAUUCAUGAUAUGGUUUUCAUUCUGAAACCAUCUUCAGUAGAAGUGUGCUGUUUUUUGUUGUUUGUGUUGGGUUUUUUUUUUUUAAUAGCAGAAAGUCACUUUCUGCGGUCUCAGCCUUGUCAGCUGAUGGAUUUUGUUUGUAGGGUGUUUGUGAAGCCAUGCCUCCUGAAGGCCAGAAGAAAAAACAUCUGAUAACUUAUAAAAGGCUAUUUCCGAAUCAUAGUAAGACAUCUCUCUGUCUACAGCAGCAUCAGUGCCUAAGAACUGCCUAGAAUUGUGCAUCACAUGACUUACUGUAUUAAUGUGGUUGUUUUAUUAUCUGCAGUGUAUUUUGAUCUGGGUCAGAUCAAUAAUGCUGAGGCACUGUUAUGCUUGCUUGGAGAACGCUAGUGUAAUGUUGCUUCAUCAAGUAGCUUAUAUGACUCUUCUGAGAAUUUUCAUAAAUUAAACAACUAAAAUAUCCAUGGUAAAACAUCGCAUGCUCAUAUUUCCAACCUUCAGCUGCCCAGUUUCCUUGAGCCUAUGCCGUCUGUAGCCUCAGAUUCCAUUUCUUGGCUGACAGAAGUGGAGCCCGAUGUAGUCUUUUUGCUGUUGUAGCUCAUUCCGCCUCAUGGUUCGACAUUUUGUUUAUUCUGAGAUGCUUUUCUGCUCAGCACGAUUGUAGAGUUGUUAUUUGAGUUACUGUAGUCUUCCUGUCAGCUCAAACCAUCCUGAACAUUCUCCUCUCCUCUCAUCAACAAGGCUUUUCAUACCAUGCUGUGUAAAUUGUAGAUACUGUCAUGUGUGUGAAAAUCCAGCAGUUUAUACUACAAUGCUCAAACCAGCCCA